AUGCGUUCUCUUGAUCUUAACGUCUUUGCCAGUAUUCUUCUCUUCCUCGGUAGAUUGCAUCUCAUAGCGACUGGCGCGGUUUUUAUUGAGCCCUAUGCUAAAAUCGUUCAAUCAUUCUGGCCCGCAAUCGAGCCUGCAAACAGCAAUUCCAUUCUACAAAUUGUAUACGCAAAUGAAGGAGAAACGCUAGGACGAUGGUCGUUUUUUGAGUAUUUCCAACUUGGAAAUGCAUCGGCUGGAGGUGAAAGGAUUCAUGGGAAGAAUAUUAAUGUUUAUCCGGGAGAUCUGAUCUCGAAUGGUUUUAUCUCAAUGGAUUCUUCUGAGCAGUGGAAAGGUCCGGCAAAGUCUUAUAAAUGGUUCGUCAAUUGGAUGAUUAGAAGAGGUGCGGAGGGACUCGCGAAUGGAGAGGUAGAUUUCAUGGGCAACGUAACGGUCGAUAUUUCACCAUAUCCCAACAUAGGAGAUUUCACACAAGCUAUCCUCGCAACCGAACUCAAUCGCGCCGCAAAGUGGGAAAUGGGCCCUCUGGAUUGGAAAAAUGUCCUAAUUCAAAUCGAAGGCACAAAUAUGGAUUGGUGUAGCGUUGAUAAGCUUAUACUCAGCAAUGUGACUCUUAGUAACAUAGAAUCCGUUAGAGUGUUUCCGGCUAUUACAGGCAUGAUUUGUUUUUUUAAAGGGUUUACUGUUAUGGAUUCUACGGCUUCGGUGUAG